CCCUCCGCCCCGGUGACGGGGAGCUGUCACGUGAGCGGGCUGCGUGCGGCUCCGCGUGGCGAUGGUGGCCCCGCCGUACCGCUCCCCCGGCGGCCGCCUGACCCCGGCGUUGUCGCGGGCGCCGGCGCUGGCCCGGGUGCUGGCCCUGCUGGCCGGGCUGUUUCUGAGCGGCUUGACGGGCGCGAUCUCGACCCCGAGGGACCACUGGGGACCAUACGGGCCGGUGCCCCCCGCCUCCCGCAGCCGCUCGGUGGUCCUGGACGCCAGGACGGGCCAGCUGCAGCUGGUGGAUGGCCGCCAGCCCGACUUCGUGGCCUGGGCCAAUCUCACCAACGCCAUUCAUGAGACCGGGUGGGCCUUUCUGGAGCUGCACACCAACGGCCACUACAAUGACAGCCUGCAGGCCUACGCGGCGGGCGUGGUGGAGGCCGCCGUGUCCGAGGAGCUCAUCUACAUGCACUGGAUGAACACGGUGGUGAAUUACUGCGGCCCCUUCGAGUACGAGGUCGGGUACUGCGAGCGGCUCAAGAGCUUCCUGGAAGCCAACCUGGAGUGGAUGCAGAAGCAGGUGGAGCUGAACAAGGACUCCGCCUACUGGCACCAGGUGCAGCUGACCCUCCUGCAGCUGAAAGGCCUGGAGGACAGCUACGAAGGCAGUGUGGCCUUCCCGACUGGGAAGUUCGCCAUCAAACCCUUGGGCUUCCUCCUGUUGCAGAUCUCCGGGGACCUGGAGGACCUGGAGCCGGCCCUGAACAAGACCAAGACCAAGCACACUUUGGGCUCCGGCUCCUGCUCCGCCCUCAUCAAGCUGCUGCCCGGCCACAGCGACCUCCUGGUCGCCCACAACACCUGGAACUCCUACCAGAACAUGCUGCGCAUCAUCAAGAAGUACUGGUUCCAGUUCCAGGAAGGCCCCCGAGAGAAUUCUCCCCUGGCUCCUGGCAACAAGCUGGUCUUCUCGGCCUACCCCGGCACCAUCUUCUCCGGGGAUGACUUCUACGUGCUGAGCAGCGGGCUGGUGACCCUGGAGACCACCAUUGGCAACAGCAACCCGGCCCUGUGGAAGUACGUGCAGCCCCAGGGCUGUGUGAUGGAGUGGGUGCGCAACAUCGUGGCCAACCGCCUGGCCCUGGACGGGGACACCUGGGCGGAGACCUUCAAGAAGUUCAACAGCGGCACGUACAACAACCAGUGGAUGAUCGUGGACUACAAGGCGUUCGUGCCCGGUGGGCCCAGCCCGGGGAGCAGGGUGCUCACCGUCCUGGAGCAGAUCCCGGGCAUGGUGGUGGUGGCCGACAAGACCGCGGAGCUCUACGAGAAGACCUACUGGGCCAGCUACAACAUCCCGUCCUUUGAGUCCGUGUUCAACGCCAGUGGGCUGCCGGGCCUGGUGGCCCAGUACGGGGACUGGUUCUCCUACGACAGGAGCCCUCGGGCCCAGAUCUUCCGGCGGAACCAGUCGCUGGUGCACGACAUGGACUCCAUGAUCCAGCUGAUGAGGUACAACGACUUCCUGCACGACCCCCUGUCACUGUGCAAGGCCUGCAGGCCGCAGCCCAACGGGGAGAACGCCAUCUCGGCGCGCUCCGACCUCAACCCGGCCAACGGCUCCUACCCGUUCCGGGCGCUGCAGCAGCGCUCCCACGGGGGCAUCGACGCCAAGGUGACCAGCAUGGCCCUGGCCAAGGCCUUGCGCCUGGUGGCCGCCAGUGGCCCCACGUGGGACCAGGUGCCCCCGUUCCAGUGGAGCACCUCGCCCUUCAGCGGCCUGCUGCACAUGGGCCAGCCCGACCUCUGGAAGUUCUCGCCCGUCAAGGUCUCCUGGGACUGAGGCGCCUCUGCCGCUGCCGUGACCUCCUGCUCGCCCCAUCUGUGGCCUUUGCCCCCUGUUGUGCCCAGAGCUGGGACCCGGGUCUGCCAGUUCAUGCUCAUCUGGGCACCUCCUCCUGGGUGGGGCCCGGGACUGACCCUCUCAGGAGCGGGUGCCAUUUCUGUCUCCUCUGCCUCUCUGCAUCUGUCGCCUUUUCCCUGUUUCUCUCUCUGUUCUCUCUGCUUCUCUCUCACCUCCCCCCCGCCCAUGCUGCCCCUGCGGAGGGACCAGGUCUUGGGGGCCCCGCGGCCUGGGUGUUCCCUGUGGCGGGCGCCGAUCCCCGGCCCCAGCUCCUCUGCCCCCUCGGGAAGCAGCCAUGUCCCCGCUGGACAGCUUCCUCCUGGACAGAAACGAACACAAACACAAACCAAAGUUCCUGGCGACUGUGGCCGAGGCCCGAGGGUCCUCUCUCCAGGACCAGGCAGGAGUGUCCUGCCUGCUCCAGCCUCAUGCCCGCCCCGACGUGGGCGUGCCCCAGGCCUCAGGCGGUGCCCACGGUUCCCCUGCUGCAGGUACCAACGCGCAGGCUGUGACGAUUAAACGAGAGAGGCCGUG